GGACAUGGAAGAUGCGAAAAAUGGAUGCGGAAUGAUAUUGUAGACUCAAAAGAGUCCAAGACAACCUCAUGGUUUAAGCGAUUUAUAGGGCGUGAGCGAAAGCCAGAGGUGACCUGGCCAUUUCCUUUUGUGGAGGGCAGACUGUUUAUCCUGACCCUACGUGCUGGUGUUGAUGUGUACCAUAUCAAUGUUGGGGGUCAGCAUCUGACUUCAUUUCCAUAUAGGACAGAGUUUACUCUUGAAGAUGCAACAGGACUAGCAAUUAAAGGAGACGUGGAUGUUCAUUCAGUUUAUGCUAUGUCUCUCCCUACUUCUCAUCCGAGUUUCUCACCUCAAUGAGUAUUGGAAUUUUCAGACAAGUGGAAAA